AUGUCUGAAGCUCAAAAGCCCGUUGAGGAGACUGCUGCGCCUGUCGUCGCUCCUGUCACCGAAGCGCCUGCCGUCACGGAGGUCGCUGCCACCGAGCCUGCCUCUGAAGAGGCCCCCAAGGAGACCCCUGCCGAAGCUACUGAGGCCACCCCUGCUGCUCCUGCUGAGGAGCCCAAGGCCGAUGCCCCCGCUGAGGAGGCCAAGGAGGAGCCCAAGAAGGAGGAGGUGACCCCCGCUGAGGAGGGUGUCCUUGGUUACAAGGCCCCCGGUCUGGUCAAGGGUCUGCGUUUCGCCAAGCGCUUCUUCUACUUCCACGAUGACGCUGUCGAGGCCAAGCAGCUGUCCGCCUUCCACCAGAACGAGAAGCCUGCUGUCGCCAACCCCAUCGCUGCUUGGGCUAGCCAGACCGGCAAGGGUCUUCUUUUCUUGACCAAGCGCGCCGAGGACAAGGCUACCCCGGCUGGUAUCUUCAACCUGUCUGAGGUCUCCGAUAUCGCCAAGGAGGGUGCCAACGAGUUCCACUUCAAGGUCAACGGCCACAAGCACACCUUCCAGGCUGCUAGCGGCGCUGAGCGUGACGGCUGGGUGCUCGCUCUCGAGACCAAGGCUGCCGAGGCCAAGGCCGAGAAGGAGACUAUCGUCGCCAGCGAGGGCUACAAGGCUGAGCUGGAGAAGCUGAACAAGCCUGCUGUUGCUGAGCCCGUCAAGAAGGCUGCUGAGCCCAAGGAGGAGGCCGCUCCCGCUGAGGAGCCCAAGGACGAGAAGGCUACCGCCAAGAGCCGCUCCCAGUCUCGCAAGCGCGCUAGCAUCUUCGGAACCCUCUUGGGUAAGAAGGAGGAGACCGAGGAGAAGAAGGAGGAGCAGAAGGAAGAGGAGGCCAAGGCUGCCGAGCCCGCCGCCGAGACCCCCGCUGAGGCCCAUGUCGAGACCACUGAGGCGGCCCCUGCUGCUGCAGUGGAGGAAGCUGAGGCCCCCGCUCCCGCCACACCCGCUCCUGCUGAGACCAGCGACAAGAAGGAGGAGGAGAAAGAGGAGAAAAAGGCUGAGGCUCCUGUUACCCAGAAGUCCAAGCGCGCUUCUCUUUUCGGCAACUUCUUCCAGAAGGUCACCAGCCCCUCUCACGAGAAGUCGGAGAAGGAGGCUGCCGCUCCUGCUCCCGUUGAGACCCCCGUUGCCAGCAGUGCUCCUCAGCUCGACAACCCCGUCGAGGAGGCUAACGUCAAGCCCAUUGAGCCUGAGACUGUGACUGCUGCUGCUGACGCCGAAGCUUCCAAGGACGCCACCCCUGCCGCUUCUCCUGCUGCUGCGGAGACCCCCAAGAACAGCCGCCGCACUUCCUUCUUCGGUAACUUCGGCAAGAAGAAGGGCGACUCCGACAACGAGGGCGCCGACGCCGAGGCCAAGCCCAAGGGUAACAAGCUGGGCGGUAUCUUCCGCAAGCCCAGCAAGGCUGUGAAGACUGAGGUCAAGGAGACCAAGGAGGCCACCGAGGCUGCUCCUAAGGAGGCCCCCGUCCAGGAGUCCCCCGCUGAGGAGACUGCUCAACCUGUUGAGGCCCCUGCUGCUGCCACCGAGGAGGUCGCCCCUGUCAACAACGUCCCUGCCUCCACCCCUGUCCAGGCUGCCGCCUAA